AUGCUGGGGGAGCUAAUGUCUCUUUUUAGGAAUCUCCACGGGACAUUUGCUUCCUCAGGCACCAUAGGAGCACUGAUGGCUUGGCUGAUCAGCUAUAAGCCAGCCUUGUUUGGGUUCCUAUUACUUCUGCUGUUGCUUAGCAACUGGCUGGUCAAGUACGAACUCGAGCCCACGCCCCCAGAGCCCCAGCAGGACAAGAUCCUUGAACGGCUUAUGUUCAGUGAAAUGAAGCUGAAGGUCUUAGAAAAUCAGGUGUUCAUCGUAUGGAAUAGAAUGAAUCACCACAAGCGGUCAAGCCGACAGUGGACUUUUCCAGCGGGGAAACACAGAAUGAGGAGACGGGAAUCUAUGUUCUCCAUCAUCUCUGACUGCACUUCCAAUUCCCCCUAA